AUGGCAAGAUACUGCUGGUGUGAAGAGGUGAAGUGGAGGUGGUUUGUGGAGGACAGACAAUCGCAGGGGAUGGAUUCGUUCAGGCAUGGUCCCUCGCCACUGUACAUUACCACAGGGUUGUUUGUUGGUGGUGUUGGUUUUGUGCCUGACACGGCGGUGAUUGUUUGGCUGGUGAAAUUUGUAUUCGAAGUUAUUGACCUCCUUGCGGCUGUGUGCCCCUUGAUGCCUCUGUUGCCUCGUGAGGGCGGCAAUCCAGCGCUCAGUGGAUUGGCGUGUCCAUCAUCAGGCGCGAGACAACAGCGCGUGCGCGUGCUGCUUCCAGCAAGCUGCUGCAUGUGCACAGCUGAGCGCAUGUGUGCACCGCUGCUUCCAAACACACCUGCCAACCAACCCGAUAUAUUGUGA